AUGGCAUGUGGGAUCCCUAGACUCAAGGAGUCUUUAACCACUGGAUUGCCAGGUGUUGUGGCCGCGUCUGGCAGUGAGACUGAAGAUGAUGACAGCAUGGACAGUCCCCUGGAUCUCUCCUCUUCUGCUGGCUCAGGCAAGAGAAGGCGGAGGGGCAACCUGCCCAAGGAGUCUGUUCAGAUUCUCCGCGACUGGCUCUAUGAACACCGAUACAACGCCUACCCCUCGGAGCAAGAAAAAGCGUUACUGUCCCAGCAAACACACUUAUCUACACUACAGGUCUGUAACUGGUUUAUCAACGCCCGACGCAGGCUUCUCCCCGACAUGCUGAGAAAGGAUGGCAAAGAUCCAAAUCGGUUCACAAUUUCCCGCCGUGGGGCCAAGAUGACUGAAGCCAGCUCUGUGGAGUCAGCAGUGAGCAUUAGGAACCUCAUGCCAGCUCUAGAGGAGAGCCCGUUUCACUCUUGUACAGCUGGGCCCAACCCAGGCCUGGGGAGGCCACUGUCUCCUAAGCCGUCCUCCCCGGGAUCCAUUUUGGCUCGUCCAUCAGUGAUCUGUCAUACCACGGUGACUGCAUUGAAAGAUGUGCCUUUCUCUCUCUGCCAGUCAGUUGGUGUGGGACAAAACACAGAUAUACAGCAGAUGGCAAACAGCAGCUUUACAGACACCUCCCUCAUGUAUGCAGAGGACUCCUGUAAGUCUGGACCAAGUGCAAACACACAGAGUGGUCUUUUCAACACUCCUCCCCCUACUCCACCGGACCUCAACCAAGAUUUCAGUGGAUUUCAGCUUCUGGUAGAUGUUGCACUCAAACAGGCUGCAGAGAUGGAGCUUCAGGCAAAACUUAUGGCUUAA